CGCGACAUGAUGUCAUUGCAUGAAGCCAUCCCAUUAUCCUGUGUCGGUGUACGAAUGCGCGGGCGCAUUUGCCGCGGCCCGUGCACUGUGAACCGCGUCUGUCUCGCUGAUACUACUUGGUUAGAAACAUCCAAAAUGACGGUCAAAAAGCGCCCCUCCGACCUGACCAGCUUAGAGCGGUUCAACCUGUACUACCGAGAGAAGGAACCGCCGCUCACCAAGAGUCAGCUGAUGAAGAGGUUCAUAUGGAAUCCGAAGACGAGGCAGUUCUGCGGCCGCACGGCGGCUAGCUGGUCAAAAAUCGCGUUAUUCUACUUCAUAUUCUACGCGGCGCUCGCGCUCCUAGUCGUUAUAUGUAUGUGGACGUUCCUCCAAAUGCUGGACGCGAGACAACCGCGCUGGCAGCUGGAGAGCUCCAUCAUCGGCACCAACCCGGGGCUGGGGUUCCGCCCCACCCCACCAGAGGUCGCUAGUAGUGUCAUAUGGUACAGGGGCAACGAUCCGGGCAGUUACCAGCUAUGGGUUAACGAGCUGUCCACGUUUUUGAAAGCCUACAAACGCGACGGCAAGAAGACAAUCGCGGGUCAAAAUAUCCACAACUGCGAUUUCAAACUACCGCCACCUGCCGGAAAAGUCUGUGACGUAGACAUUAGUGCAUGGGGCCCUUGUGUAGAAGAUAAUAACUUUGCAUACCAUAAAUCUACACCCUGUGUGUUCCUGAAGUUAAACAAAAUAUAUGGCUGGAAACCCGCUUUCUAUGACAGCGCGGAUACGUUGCCUGAGGCUAUGCCAGAUGACUUGAAGGACCAUAUUCGGAAUAUGACUGCGUAUGAUAAAAAUUAUCUGAACAUGGUAUGGGUAUCAUGCCAGGGUGAGAACCCGGCUGACCGGGAGAACAUUGGUCCCAUACAAUACUUACCGUACAGAGGGUUCCCGGGAUAUUACUUCCCGUAUACCAACCAAGAGGGAUAUCUUAGUCCACUGGUGGCUGUGCAUUUACAAAGGCCUAGGACCGGUAUGUUAAUCAACAUAGAAUGCCGAGCCUGGGCCCACAACAUAAAAUACGACAGAGCGGAAGGCAUGGGGUCCGUACACAUUGAGGUCAUGGUCGAAUAGACCCCGUACCACGGAUAUAGACCAAAGAGUAGUAUAGGGUUAAUGUGAGAGUAUUUAUAGUGUACAUGGAAUAAACUAUUGAAUGAUAA